AUGUUUGAUGUACUCUUCUAUGGCUGUCACCCUCUCCAGCUUGGCAAAGCAGAAGAGGCAAGCGCGCUGAUCCGAUGAUAGGGUUCGUGACCGGGAAGCUCGAAGUACGCCAGCAAUUCUAGCGGCACAUACACUUCGACCAUCCCUUCGAUACGCUUCCCUCCCUCUCAUCACCCCCCGCACACACUGACACCGUGGUCCCCAACUUCCUCCAUACUCUUUCACGAUCUACCAGAGACAUCUCCCGUUGCAAUGCCGCCAAUCAACAAGAUGCUCGCCUUCACCGGAACCCGCCCAGAGCCGACCUUCCCCCUUCUCGCGCUCCCCGUCGAGUUGGUGGAGAAUGUCUACAAGUCUCUGGACAGCUUCGACACCGCGGUGAAGCUCGCCUGCACUUCCUCGUUCAUGCACUCGAUCUUCGCGCAUCAGAAGCCUGUCAUCUACCUCGCCAUCCUUCCGUGCGACCCGCUCUUCAACGGUGCCUCCCGCUUCGCCUCGUUUGCUGAUCAGGCCAUUGCCGUCUACGAGGCCCAGAGGAAGGUCACUGCACAGGAGGAGGAGAAGAGGAAACUUGCCUUGCUUGCUGCUAGGCUCCCGGAGCCCGCUGGUGACGAGAGCGACAUGGACGAAGAUGAGGGAGAAAUGGAUGAAAUGGACGAGGACGAGGACGAGGAUGAUACAGCUGCUGCUUUUCCCGCCACCAAGAAGGCUGUUCGCAAGUCAGUUGAGUCUGACGAGGAGGAGAAUAAGUAUUCACUCGCCUCUGCCGGUUUCCCGGGCAUCGAGGCCGUCGUGAAGAUAGCCAAAGUCGUCAACCGCUGCGCGGCCCUCGUCGGCGCAAGGCUCGCUCCCGGCCCCUCGAUCGGUUUCGAUGAGGCAGAUAUCACGUUGUACCAGCAGUACGCCGAGGAGAUCAUCCGUGGCGUUCUGUACGACUUGUGGCAUCUCCUUGUGACUCGCCAGAAGUUGACGCUGAGGUACUACAAGGGUCACCAGCUCCCGGCUCGCCACCAUACCAACAAUGUCCUCACCGCGGACGUCGUCAUCUAUCUCACUACCUUGGACCUCGAACGCGUCGGUUUCCCCGCCCACAACCUGGUUCAAGCCACCCUUCCCAGCCUCAACUACCGCGUUCUCAGCAGCUACGAUACUGAACCGAGGCUGCUGCUGCUCAGCGCCUGUCGCGAGAGAGCCGACCUGAUCCGUGAUGUCGAGAUGAUGCUGGAGCAGCAGAGGCUUGCCUAUUCCGAUGGAGGAAACAGCAAGGCUGUCGAGCCCAAGGACGAGGAGGACAUGUCCGAUAUCGGAGAGAAGGAUGAUACGAUCAAGGCCCUCCAUGAGAGGCUCGACAGGCUUGCUGAGAAGUACGCCGUUCACGACACAGAAGCAGCCGCAAUGAAGAAGGAAUUGGCUGCGCUCCGUGAGACACUGAAGAAGAUUGAGUCCGCUUAAGCUGGUCCUUGUUGAUCUGCAGAAUAUUCUACGUUUUUUUUUCUUCCUGUGGAUUCUCGGGAAAGCCAUGGGGCCCUUUUUUCUUUCUUUUUUUUUCUCUUGCAGGUGAAUACUGGUUCUGAUUACAAUGUGUCUGCGAUAGUCUGUCGAAUUCUCAAGAUGGCUGGGUGUGAAGGUGAGAUUGGCUUUGAUCUCUUCUUUCGGGGUUUUCUUGCUGUUGCGGACUUGCUUUACUUUACGUGCAGAUUUCAUGUGGGCCUGAGAAAUGUACUAUCGUUAUGCUAGCAGUGGUGAAUGCGCAUGCCUCCUGAAUCUAGAUGGCUCCUCGUUCUCCGUAUCUGAGGUGAUGAGGUGAAGAUGCACUAGGGAUUGG